GCCUCCGUGUCAGAAGAGGAAGAAGCAGAAGCGUACCAAAACAAAAACAGGGAAGUGCAUCAGCAUAGCGAGCUAACGUAAAAGUGUGUGAAAACAAAGUUUUUGGCGCCCUAACAUCUGCACGGUGCCCGAUAAACAGUAUGAACGUGCAUUAAUUAGGCGAUAGCGAUUAUUUCAAAUUACCAAUGUUUAAAAACUCGUAUCGUCUGCUCCCUCAAAGGGACUUCAGCACUCCGAGGACUCCUGGUUUGUUUGUUGACUCUGACAGCUACCACAAAGGCCUUUCGUUUGACUACAUCCCCAAUGUUACUGAAAACGACUUCACAGACACCUCCCAGGGAUGGUUGUCAUGGAUCUGCAACCUAGUUGUCAUCUCCCUGGUCUACAUCUGCACCUUUUUAACCUUUCCAAUAACAGGAUGGUUUGUACUGAAAACUGUGCCAAACUAUCAGAGGAUAGUAGUGUUUCGUCUGGGUCGAAUAUGUCCUCCAAAGGGCCCUGGUAUCGUCCUUGUGCUGCCUCUCAUUGAUCAGUGGCAGAAAGUAGAUCUGCGCACCCGUGCUUUCAACAUCCCCCCUUGCCAGGUGACUACCCGGGAUGGUGGUGUGUUGUCAGUGGGAGCAGACAUCCAGUUCAGGAUCUGGAAUCCAGUCUUGUCAGUGGUGUCAGUCCAGGAUCUGAAUGCUUCCACCAGAAUGACGGCACAGAAGGCUUUGACCCACAGCCUGGCCAAGAAGACCGUCAGGGAAAUUCAAACUGAGAGAGUGAAACUAGGGGAAUAUCUUGGGAUGGACAUAAAUGAGAUGACUCGUCCUUGGGGGCUGGAGGUGGAUAGAGUAGAGCUUACCCUUGGUUCUCUACUGAAAGCCCCAGAGGACAGCCCCUCUGCCCCCCUGAUUAUGCCCUCUGCACCUGGACUUGAAGGCCUCACUGGCCCCAUUCAGCAGUUGGCCAUGCACUUUCUGAGCCACGGUGCCACAUCACAGCCUCAGCAGGAGGACAGCAUAGCAUUUAUGGAUGAGCUCAGCAGUGCCGCUGAGUCUGUCACCGCCACACCAGGUUGUGUUGACGAGCUGCUCAGUAAAGUCAAGCUGCUCCUCUCUGAGUCUUUGGUCCAACAGGUUGGGGCCUGUUAUCAGUUUGACAUCAGCUCAGGAGAUGGACAACAGCGCCGUUACUAUGUGGAUCUGAGCCAAGGUAGCGGUGCAGCUGGGGAAGGGUCCUUGUGUCGAGAACCAGAUGUAACCCUGGAUAUGAGUGACCGUGACCUUCUGGCCAUGUUUCAGGGUGAACUACGACCAAUAGCUGCUUUUACAAGUGGCAGACUUAAAGUCCAGGGAGACAUUAAAACAGCCAUGAAGCUGGAAGAACUCAUAAAGCUACUUAAGAAACAUCAACUAUAGUACAUUUUAAUUUAUUUAUUAAAUCCUUAAUUUCAACUAUAAACUGUGUUUUUCAUGUAUGCUGUGACUGAAUUUCUGUAAUGUUCUUAUCAUUUCUCACAAAUUCAAAGUAAAUGCUUGUUUACAAAGAUAA